UGCUUUUGUCAUUCCUGGUCCCCAUCGCUGAUGCUCUCUUCUCUUAUAAACAAGAAAAAGCGCUUCCUCCUGCUUUCAUCUCUUCUUUUUAACAAUUACUUAGCCCUUCACCUUCCCAACACCAAGCCUGCUUCCGUUGCUUUACUUUCUCCAUCCCCUUACUCUGCAACCCAACUCCAUGGCGUUCACUUCUACCACCGGGAGUAAAGAAAAGGCCGAGAUUAUGGACGCUUUUGAUGGAAUCGCACCAUCUGCACCUACUUCUGCCUCAAACCUCAUGAAAAAACCUUCCUAUGAUGUAUUCAUCAAUCAUCGUGGACCAGACGUCAAAUCCACGUUAGCUAGCGCUCUGUAUGGUAUCCUUACUGGUAUGGCACUUUCAGUUUUCUUGGAUGCACCAGAAUUGGAAUAUGGUGAUUUUUUGCCCCGAACAAUAGAAGCAGCAAUGAGCAGCGCUUUGGUUCAUAUUGCUAUUUUUUCCGAGAGGUAUGCAGAAUCACCCUGGUGUUUGGCGGAGCUAUCAUUCAUGCUUAAAUCUGGCGCCCCGAUUAUUCCUAUUUUCUUUUGUGUCGAUCCUGACGAUCUCAGAUGUGUAGAUCAAGAUGAAGGAAAGUAUGUCGAGGCCUUUAAGCAUCAUAAGAAGAAGUGUAGAUACAGUCCGGAACAACUUGAGGAGUGGAAGGUUGCUCUCUUCAAGGUCUCAUAUUACUCUGGUGAAGUCAUAAGCAAUAAAGACUAUGAGAAGAGCUUGCUGAAGACAAUUACAAGUUGUGUAUUGCGAGAAAUAAACGUAAACGUGCCAUUAGAGGUCGCAAAAUAUCCGGUAGGUCUGGAAGAAACAGUUAAAGACUUUGAGAUGAAUGCACUCCAAUCUGCUGAGGGUGAUCAGGGUGUACAAAUUAUUGGAAUUUGGGGUAUGGGUGGUUCUGGAAAGACCACCCUUGCAAAAGAGUUAUACAACAAAAGAUCCUCUUUGAUUAAGAGGUCUAGUUUUGUGUUUAAUGUUAGAGAUGCCUCAAGCAAAGUCCUGUUGCUUAAGAAGCAGGAAAAAAUCCUCAAAGAUCUUAAUUUUGAAGAUGUAUCAUCUGACGAUAUCAAGAAUGGUAUGGAUUUUCUUUCAAAUUGUUUGAGAUCCGUUAGGAUAUUGAUUGUUCUGGAUGAUGUGGAUAAUGUAGAGCAACUGGAUGCUCUGUUGCCAAUGAAAGACAGCGUUGAAAGGGGUAGUCUUAUCAUUGUUACCACAAGGGAUUAUGAUGUCCUUAAAUCUUGGGGCAUCAGCUCUAUAUAUAAAAUGAGAGCACUUGAUGUGUUUCAUGCCGAGCAACUUUUUUGUUGGCAUGCUUUUGCACAACCUUUUCCUCGAAAUGGAUUUGAGAAACUUGUUCGACAGUUCUCAAAGGUGUGCAAUGGAUUACCUUUAUCUCUCAUGGUAGUUGGAGGGCAACUCUAUGGGGAGCUUCGCAAAGAAUGUUGGGAGGAUUUGUUGCAUAAAAUAUCUAAAAUAUUGCCUAAUGUUAUUCAGCAUAGUCUCAAAAUAAGUUAUGACAUUCUUGAUGACAAAGAAAAAGAGAUGUUUCUCGAUAUAGCUUGUUUCUUCGUUGGAGAAGAGAUUAGCUUGGCAAUUGAAGUAUGGAAUGGAUUGGGGUGGAGUGGUCAACAAAGCUGGACAAGACUCCUGCAUAAGUGUUUGAUUGAGCUUGACAAUAACAAUUGCAUUCAAAUGCCUGAACAUUUAAAGGAUAUGGGAAGGCACAUUGCAAAUAAACAAUCCCCUUAUAGGAUUUGGUUUCCCCACCAGAUUAUUGAUGUUCAAAAACAAAAAGAGGAAAGAAUCAGCCUUCAAGGAAUAAUGGCCUCAACUCAAAAACAGUGGAUUGAUAAUUUGGUGUUUCUUCACCUCCUCCUAGUCAUUUUAAUUCUUUGUCGAAGUUCUUUGUCGAAGUUCUUUGGCUUUGUGUAUGUGCUUUUCUAUUUUCUGAUUUUUUUAUGUUUUUCUUGUAUUCAGAAGGGAGAAGGAAAACCUUUAACAAUACUAACCGAAAUAACUGAAUCAAGUGAUAAGGUUGAUGAGUUCAGCUUUUGGUGCUCGAAAGGGAAACUCAUGGUUGAAACAAGUAGAGGAAUUUGGCGGCUCUCCCCCUCUUUAGUUGGACUAAAGUUUCUGGCGAUAAGAGGAGAUUAUUUCAAUCAAAUAAUCGGUGAAGUAUCAAGAGAAUUGGUCUGGCUUCGCUGGUUUCAAAUUGGGCAGAAAAGUCUUCCACCAAAGCUUUCAUUGGAAAAGUUGAGGGUUUUAGAACUCCAUGAAGGCGAAGCAGGGGAUCAUCACUUAGAAAAACUCUGGACCGAGACUGACGGCGAGGUAAGUAUUUUCCAUGUCAGCUGUUUUAAAUCUGUAUUUCAAUCUUUUUAUAAUUACUGUAUGCUCUACAUUCCUCUACUGGGUAAUGUGCUGCAGGUUCUUGUGCAGUUGAGGGUACUGGUUAUUUGUCAAUGUUACAAAUUGCAAGGUUUUCCAAACUCAAUAGGAAGUCUCAAUCAUUUGAAAAAGAUAGUAAUCAUAAAAGCCUACGAAGUGGUGAGUCUGCCAGAAGAAUUUUCCCUUCUCCAGUCGCUGGAACACCUGGUGUUAUGUGAUUGUUCAAUGCUAUCAUCACUACCCAGCAGUUUCGGCAAUUUGAAUAAUCUACGACAUCUAUGUAUCUUCGGUUGCGGAGAGUUGAGGAAGUUGCCAGUUUCUUUCAAGAACCUGAUGCUCCUGGAAUAUCUCAAUUUAGGGGGGUGCAGCGAACUCGGAUUCACGCCAGAGGACCUGAACAUUCUGGAAAACAUGACAGAGAUCAAAAUAUUGAGUCUGGUUGGUUGCGAGAAAGUGCAAGAGUUGCCUUAUCACAUCAUAAAUCAGGAGUCCUUGAAGGAGCUCUAUUUAAGGGGAACCAGUUUAAGGGAGCUACCAGUUAACAUCGGUCAACUCAGCGGGCUGAAGGAGAUGGUUGUAGGUAGCGUGUUGCUCACAAGCUUGCCGGACUCUCUUGGAGAUUUGUCUUCCUUGACCAAUCUUUCAAUUUGUGGUUGUCCGCAGCUUACAUGUCUACCUGAUUCUGUGGGUGAUCUGAAUCUCUUAAAGGAAUUAGAGAUAAAUAAUGUAGGAGUGAAUUCUCUACCAAAAUCAGUUAGGCAACUGAAUGGUCUUCGAAGAUUGAUCAUAUCAGGUUGUCCAAUCAGUAAAUUGGAUUUUGGGGCGGCAUUUUUACCUUUUGCAUUAAGCAACCUGAAGUGGAUAUCUUUAAAAGAAACCGAAGUCUGCAGAAUUUCAAUUUUUGAGAACUGUUGUCCCAGCUUGGAGACUCUCACAGUUGAGAAUAAUUGUCAUUUAGUGGAAAUAGAUGCAUUGCCAACGACGCUCAAGUCAUUGAAAUUGACUGAGUGUAAAAUGCUUAAGAACAUUCCGAGUUUUGUAAGAACAACUUCGCUCAGAGAAUUGGAGGUAAGAGGUUGCCACCAAAUUGAGAAAAUUGAAGGUUUAGAAUAUUGCAGAACAUUAGAAAACUUGAGAGUAGACACCUGCCGGGAGGUGCCUGGUAUAGAAAGCUUGGAAUACAUGGAGAAACUGAAGGAGCUGCAACUCAGAGCAAACAAGGGGUCAGCUAUCGAACGUUGCAUUCAAACGAUACAGAAAUGGCCAGAUAUAAUGGCAAUAUGUACCCGAGCAGUCCCUGGUGCGUGCUCACUUGUAGACUCCUUACUCCCGCGGGGUCUCUUUGUCGUUGACUCCUUCUCAAACAAGAAAAUUCAGUCCAGGCCGAGAUUGCUGCACAGACAUUCCUCCAAUGGCAAUGCUACUAUCCUCUGUUUUGUUUUAAAUUGUGUGUCUUCACAAAUGACUCUCGGCUUAGACUGUCGUGACAUGCGGGAUGGGUUUUCCGGCGUUCUAACCAAGGUUGAAAAGGGUCGAUGGGCAUGGGUAGGUGUCUUCACACAACGUUACGAAGGCUCACUUUUUAUUUCAGAGGAGUUGUCAAUAAGUGGGUACGGAGGAAACUGCGCGGAAGAGGACGAGAUGGAGAAAGGUUUGGUUGUGAGUGGGGAGGAGCAAACAGCAAUGGAGGCUGUUCGUAGCUUAUUGCCGCUUUUUGAAAGUUGUUCGGCCAACAAUCACGACCAGGUGUAAAACAUGUAAAAUGAAUGAACAGGCUUCUUCCUUCUGUUGUUAAGUGUGGUGGCGACACCUAGUGAAGCAUCCACCGUUUGCAUGAAUAUCAUUAACUAGCAUCCACUUUUUUCACAAUUUUUGUUAUUUAAUGAUAUAUAAUGUAUGUAGUUAUCUAAGAUUUCAAAUAUAUUUCUUAUAUAAAUGAUAUUAUUAACUAGCAAUUGCA